CUCCAUGGCCGAGCGGCCCGAGCCGGUUCAGUAGGCCACUUCACUUCACUGUGAGCUAAAAGAGGAUAAACCUCGCUUUUUCAACUUCUGAAGGGUUUUAGUUUUAGCUUUAGAACAAGCGAGAACAAAGCUCUUAUCUUUGGCGCUGGCUCUGCAACUCCGCGAGGUACGAACUUUGAAUCCCUCCCAUGAAUCCAAUUCUUCGUCAAUCUAAUGUUUUGCGUGCAAGAACAACUGGGUUCCAACAGUUUCCAAUCUAUUACCCGAAUUCGCGCUCUGUCAAUGAAAACAAGCUCUCGGUUCGUUUGGUUUGAAUCAAUCACUGCAACCUUCUAGGCCCGAUUUGAUUUCGAAACCUUCCAUCUUUUGUGUUUUCACCAUUCGCUUUGUGCGUUUGGUACAAAGCUGGAAUUGAAUCUUUUGAAUUCAACACCAGAAUUGCUUUACCAUGUUUGAUCUCGUUAUUUUGUGCAUAAAUUAGGCUCAUUUUGCCGCAGGUGACCCGUCCUGAGAGCAUCUGUAAAAGAAAAUGGCCAUGGCAAGUUUAACAGCUUCCCCAUACGCUGCCUUCUUAUUAUCACCCACCAGAAGCAAUGCCAAGAACCAGGGUUGUACAAACAACCGACGCCUCAGCAUAAGAGCAGUCCACCCAGUGAAGUCACUGGAGGAGCUGUACCAAGUGAAAGUAGAAAGGAAAGUUUCACCACAGCGGCUGGCUGAGCUCGGUGUAUCGAGAUGGUCAAUGUGGAAGACCGGGAAAUGCAGGCUGCCGUGGGACUGGCAGGUAGACCAGCUGGUCUUCAUCGAGGAAGGGGAAGUGAGAGUUGUGCCAGAAGGAAGCAAAGGGUACAUGCAGUUUGUGGCUGGUGACCUUGUUCGAUAUCCGAAGUGGUUUGAGGCUGAUCUCUGGUUCAAUGGUCCGUACCAGGAGAGAUACAGCUUUCGCGCUUAUGGUGAUGAUGACUGCUAGGCACGCAGCAAUGCUACAAACGAUCUGCAAAUGGUGCGACGGAAGUAUUAGAGGUUUUGGAAGAAGUGAUGCCUGGAGUAUGUGUUUGUUGUAUGAUAGUUCAUAGUGGUGAGUUUUAGAAUGUGGAAUUCAUGACGGGCACUCUUUGAACCUACAGACCUAAUGCAAUCUUUUGGUUCUUGUAUGAGGCAAAUAGAAAGCAGCAAACUUUAUUGGAAUCUAAAUUCUGAAAAGCUACUGUAUAUUGUGGUAUGAAUAUGGAAAAAGUCUGUGAAUCCACGGGACUAGUCAUAUACCAUUACCAUAUAAAUUGAACCAAAACGG